AUGUUGUGUUCGCACCAGUACUGCAGGAUGUUCAACUUCAUGCAGCUCGGCAUAUCGUUCAUCCCGACGAUGAUGCGAAUGGUUCGGGAACUCGGCGUCUCCAUGUCCCGCGUGAAGCGUCUGCUGAUCAUGCCCGAAGACCGCGUGGUUGGGAAUGACGGUGGCCUCCCAACGGGCACCGUUUCGUGCAUCGACGCCGAUUUCAGCUGGCCCGAGAAGGCCGUUGCGAGCGAAGGGAACGUGUUCUUCGAGAACCCCGAGAAGGGCAAGAAAGGCAGUGCCAAGGGCAAGGAGCAGGGAAAAGACAAGGGCAAAGACAAGAACAAGGAGAAGGACAAGGACAAAGACAAAGAUUUCGAAGGCAAGGGCAAAGAGGGCAAGGACAAGGAGAAGGACAAGGACGGCAAGGGCAAGGGCAUGGACGGCGAGGCCAAGGGCAAAGAGAAGAGCAAGAGCAAGAGCGGCGGCAAGGGCAAGGACAAGGCCAAGGGGCCCACUGCGCUGGUCAAGCGGCUGGAGCUGGCUCCGCCCACCCUGCGCGGCGUGUCGCUCCAGGUCAGCCCUGGCGAGAUGAUCGCGGUGUGCGGCCGGGUUGGCUCGGGGAAGUCCACCUGGGCUGGCGGCCUCGCCGGCCUCGUCACCAACACUAGGGGCGACGUGCACGUGAGCGGGCACACGGCGUACGUGACGCAGUUGCCGCAGAUCUUGAACGCGACGAUCCAGGAGAACAUCCUGUUCGGCUCCGAGAUGGACUGGGAGCGCUACAAUCAGGUCCUCAACGUCUGCUCCCUCAGGUCAGACAUGAAGCAGUUCAAAGCUGGGGAUCGGACCGAGAUCGGCGAGCGUGGCAUCACGAUCUCUGGGGGCCAGAAGCAGAGGAUAGCGAUCGCCCGUGCGGCGUACAGCAGGGCCGACGUGAUCAUUUUCGACGACCCGCUGUCGGCGAUGGAUGCGCACGUGGGCAAAGAGGUCUUCGAGGCUUGCUUCAUGAAGUUCCUCUCAGACCGCACCCGUGUCUUCUUCACUAAUCAGCUGCAGUUCUGCACCGACGUCAACAGGAUCUACGUCCUGGAGGACGGCGCCUUGACGGAGUCGGGCACCUACCAGGAGCUCUACGAGAAGAAGCCCCCUGGGCCUUUCGCUGUGCUGCUGGAGUCCGUGUGCGGACAGAACGAGGGCCUGUACGAGAUCUCCGAGAAGCCCCAGGAGGAGGAGUCCGAGACCAGCUUCAAGCCGCCGCCUCCAGAGGAGGACCUCGAGGGGCCGGAGGGCGAGAUGAUGCAGCGGGAGUACAAGUCUGGAGGCCGCAUCGGCAUCGAUGACUUCAUGGUCAUCUCCAAGGCAGCCAACUCUACGUUCCUGGGCGUCGCCUGGAUCGGCAGCUCUCUGAUCCUCAUGCCCGCGAGCGCCUACGUGGUGAGCCUGUGCCUUGCUCUGUGGACCAACGCCACGGUCACUGCCGCACCUGGAACCCAAGUGAACGACACGUUCUACACCGCAAUCUACGUGGGCUCAGCCGUCUGGAUCGCCGUCUUGUCCGGCAUCAACGCCAUGCUUCGGGUGGAGUUCUUCCACAAGUCCUCCCGCGAGCUGCACCGUGCCAUGUUGGCGACCACGCUGCGCCAGUCCAUGCUGUGGUUCGACACGACGCCCGUAGGGCGUAUCUUGAACCGCUUCGGCGGCGACGUGAUGUCUCUUGACAUGUUCUUGCCACAACUGGCGGGGAUGUGGAGCAGGUCCUUCGGCACCGUGCUGAUGGUGGUCGUGACGGCUGGCAUCACCGCGCCUCCCGUGCUGGUUUGCUCGCUUUCCUUGCUGUACGUCUCUAAGCUGAUCUUCCAGUACUAUGGCUGCAUCACCCUCGAGCUGCAGCGGCUGCAGAUGCUUGCCAUGACACCUCUGCUGGCAUCCCAGUCUGGCUUCCUCUGCUCCUUGGAUUCCAUCCAAGUCUACAACAGAGUCGACAUAUUCCUUCACCGCUUUUACAGGAUGCAGACAGAAUUCAUCCUCACUACGUAUUGGUCGUUCUGCCUCGACCGAUGUCUGCAGGUCACGGUGACGGCCCUCGGCGUCAGCUUCUUCAUCGGCAUCACAAGUGCCAUGCUUCUGGCGCUCGCACAAUACGAGACGUUUUUCUCUGGGUUCGUGAACGCGGGGAGUGCGGCGGUGUGCCUGACCUUCACCACGACGCUCGCGGCCAUGGCGCCCUCUGCGAUCUUCAUGACGGCGAAGAUGGAAACCAUGGUAGGGCGCUGUCAGCGCUUGGCGGAGUGGAAGGACUUGCCGACGGAGCACAGCCACCAGCAGGCCUUCGAGCCGCUGCCCGACGCGUGGCCAGCGGAGGGGACCCUGCGGCUGGAGAACGUGGAGAUGCGCUACCAGGAGGGCCUGCCCCUGGCACUCAAGGGGGUGUCCCUGGACGUGCGCGCCGGGAUGAAGGUGGGCAUCGUGGGCCGGACUGGCUCUGGCAAGAGCUCGACAGUGCUGACCUGUUUUCGCAUGGAACUCAUGGCUAUCAAUACCAUCAGUGACGCGGGGCGCUGGUCAGGUGUAGCAUCUGCGUCGUUCGACGCCUUCUUGAGGAAGCUGGGGGCCGACGGCACCGAGCACGUGCGCCUGCUGGUCGCCAUGACAGACGAGCACGAGGCCCGGGUGGACGGGGAGCAGGAGUUCGACCAGGCCCGCAAGCAGCAGCAGGCCGCCGCCGAGAAGAGCCUCUCGGAUGCCCUCGCUGUCGCGCAAACCGCAGCGACGGCGGCCCAGGCUGCCCAAGCGGCGGCGUCUUCGCACGCCACGGCCCCACAGGCCAAGCUGGGCGGAGCAGAGUUCGAGACCGUCAUCAAGCAGACGUGGAAAGGGUCCAUCCAACCCCUGAGCCGGAGGAGGCUGCGUGGGCUCCUCGGCAAGCGCCUCCUGCAGGACAGCUGGUUAUUCACUGGCACCGUGCGGUCCAACCUGGACAUGAGGAACGAGCACAGCGACGAGGAGCUCUGGGAGGUCAUCAAACAGGCCAAGCUCGAGAACGUAGCGAAGGGCUGGUGGCUGGGCUUGGACCACGAGGUUCAAGAGAAGGGUAGCAACCUCUCUGCCGGCACUUGCCAGCUGCUUUGCCUGGCGCGGGUGCUCCUGAAGCGGCCGAAGCUGUUGUUCUUGGACGAGGCAACGGCGUCGGUGGACAUCGAGACGGACAAGAUGGUUCAAGAGACGAUCCGUAGCCCAGGCGUGUUGCCGUCGGACUGCUCCAUCGUAACGGUGGCCCACCGCUUGCACACCGUGAUCGAUUACGACAAGGUCGUCGUCCUGUCGCACGGAAAGGCACUGGGGCGCAAAGAAAACCGAAUGAGAAGUCGGGCGGGGCUAGGACAAGGAUAA